AUGGAGGGAGCUGUAAGAGAAAUACAAGAAUGCUCCGAUGAAAAACCGGCGAAGGCAGCAGGUGGAAUGGACAUACCUCAAGGACAUGACACGGGCGGCGACCCCCCCACCACGGGCGGCGACCCCCCCACCACGGGCGGCGACCCCCCCACCACGGGCGGCGACCCCCCCACCACGGGCGGCGACCCCCCCACCACGGGCGGCGACCCCCCCACCACGGGCGGCGACCCCCCCACCACGGGCGGCGACCCCCCCACCACGGGCGGCGACCCCCCCACCACGGGCGGCGACCCCCCCACCACGGGCGGCGACCCCCCCACCACGGGCGGCGACCCCCCCACCACGGGCGGCGACCCCCCCACCACGGGCGGCGACCCCCCCACCACGGGCGGCGACCCCCCCACCACGGGCGGCGACCCCCCCACCACGGGCGGCGACCCCCCCACCACGGGCGGCGACCCCCCCACCACGGGCGGCGACCCCCCCACCACGGGCGGCGACCCCCCCACCAUGGGCGGCGACCCCCCCACCAUGGGCGGCGACCCCCCCACCAUGGGCGGCGACUCCCCCACCAUGGGCGGCGACUCCCCCACCAUGGGCGGCGACUCCCCUUCCCGAGGUGCACGAUUGGUGCUGCUGAUGCAGAUGAGCUCGCCUCUAGAGAUUGUGGGUGGAAGAAAGGAGGCCCAUUAA